UCAUGCUUUCAUCAAAUUGAUAUUGUAUAUCAAAUUAAGAAGUUACAGAAAACAAGUGAGGCUAACGUAAUUCCAAAAGUAUUCAAAUUUGUAUUGAUUUUUCUAUUAGUUUUCUUUGUUAUGUAUCAAAUAAUGCAGAAAGAACUUCAAGAUGUUCAAACACAACAACAAGGUGAAAUGAACAAAGUUAAUGAAAAAUUAGAGAAAAUCAGAGAUGAUGAUAACGAAAGAAUAAGAACUCUUGUCAGCAUUAUGUCUACAGCUAAAAAUGAAAUUAGAUCUAUGAAAAUUCAGUUAACUAAAGACGAAGAGAAGUUAUUAGAUGUCGAUAUUUUAGCCAAAAUGUAUUUAAUAUUGAAAAAAGAUUUAAAAAUGUUGCGAAAGAGUUUAGUAGUUCCAUAUAAAGAAUUAAGAGUUUCUGAAAUUAUAGAAUCAGAAUCUGAUUUUUUACAAAAUUACGAUGAAGAUAUUUCUAAAAGUAAUGCCAAUGAAACACAAAACUCUGAUUCUUGUACAUCAAAUGGUAAAAACUUUAAUGAUUCAGGAAGUGCCUCACAAGUACAGAUUUCAAGCACAGAUAUAAAGAAAGUUAUUGAAAACCAUGUUGAUAAAUCAGAUCAUUCCACUCUUCCGAUGGCUAUUGUAGAUCCCAACGAAAUUGUUGCGAAAAAAGGAUCAGAUGAAAAAAAUAACCAAGGAAUUACUAACAAAUUAAAUUUUGAUAUUGCAACACCCGAGGGAAGAGAUGCACUAAAGAAUUAUUUGCAUAUAUCGAGACGCAAUAAAGCAGGUGGAAUUUGUAAUAAUUCAUUGUCAUGUAUAUCAACGGAAUCUGAUAAGGAAAAUAUAAGCUUCGCCGCGCCAAACAAGAUUUCUACUGCAAAUGCAUGUGGCAAUACAUAUGCUGAUAUCCAACGGUAUGAUUUUAAUACUAUGAAGAAAUUUAGAAGGGUAUUUAUCGAAGGUAGAGGAUGGGUUUCAAUGAGUAAAAUUGAAGAAGAAGAAAGAAUUUAUGGGUCUUCAAGUAUUAUUUUAAAUGAAGUGAAUAAUUAAAUAAAAAUAAAUCCUUUCUUCAACUCAUUGUUAAUAAAUAUGGGUUACAAGAUUCAACUACAAAUCCGAGAUUCAAUAUAAGCAAAUGAUGAUAUAAGCUAAUUAAAAAUAUUGUUAGUACCGUGACCAGUAAUAAUCUAACUUUAAACAAAGAAUAAGUGUAUCCUAAAUAAAUAAAUUCGAAUAAAUCUAAUAUAUUCGCUAAGAAAUCAUAUGACAAUUAAAACAAAAAUUUGUUGAAAUCCGUCGUUUUCAUUUUACUCCACCUUAUAUAUCUUAAUAAGCGCUACUACUUAUUUAGGACAAUUAUCACAUGCGGCACUAUGUGCAUGUCAAUGUGCAAUACA